AUAUGGCGUGAAGUUGGCACGAAGAUGGUUGUCGUGAGUUACGAAAGAGUAGACGAUUUCUCGCGGGGAAGGCGCUUCCCAGUCGUCCGGAAGAAGUGCCACACAGCUAUUUAUUCCAUCAAUUUAACUAACGGAAGGUAGUGCAAUGGUAUACGACAUCAAAUGGAUUAUACCGAAGCUUCGAAAUCCGACCAGCCUCUGGAAUAUUGCUAGUAGUAUAACCUUUGUAGCAGUAGGGAUUUUCUCUAAAAUCAUUAUAGAAUGGCUGAACAGGACGACAGUCUACAACAAGCAUAUCUUCGAUCGAGCGUUGAACAAUCGGCCGAAAAACGUGCCACUUAUCACUGUAUCGAAUCAUCACAGUUGCUUUGACGAUCCUGGUAUAUGGGCGACCCUGGACCUGAAGGAUAUGCUGAAUCGUCGUAAGAUGAGAUGGUCGCUCGCAGCCCACGACAUUUGUUUCACGAACUUCUGGCAUUCUUACUUCUUUAUGCUGGGAAAAUGCAUUCCUGUAAUCAGAGGUGACGGUGUGUAUCAGCAAGCCAUGGAUUUCUGCAUUGAAAAAUUAGCCGCUGGUGAUUGGGUUCACGUCUUUCCCGAGGGAAAAAUAAAUAUGCUCAAAGAGAAUAUGAGAUUAAAGUGGGGCAUUGGGAGAUUAAUAUUGGAAUCACCUGUUACACCAUUGGUAAUUCCAAUUUAUCAUCUUGGCAUGGACCAAGUUCUUCCGAAUGAGUACCCGUAUCGAUUGAAAAUUCGUAAAAAGGUCACCAUGAAUUAUGGCAAACCAAUAGAUUUUAGCGAAUUAAUAAAAGAAUUACGUGCGUCCAAUGCGAGCGAAGUGGAAGCAAGAAAAGCGAUUACGGAUCGUAUUCAAGACGAACUUUUAAAAUUGAAAAUAAUCACAGAAGAACUUCACAAAAACUCAUGAUGACCAUACGGGAGACAUUCUUAUUGUCAACCCGAUUAGCUUUAAUUUACCAAAAAAUAAAACAUGAAUUUUAAUAUGACGGUAGGUGAUACACGUCUUCAAUUUUUAUCCAGGGAUAUUCUCCUGUUGACGAUAUUUCAGUAAUACAUACGCAAUCGUGUGAUAUAAUGCACGUAUCGGCACGUACGAUUUAGAUUUUUUUCUUCUUUGUAAAAAACAAAAAUGGGAUGAGAAGAAUAUUAUGACCAAUUACACUUUUUGAAGUCUUAAGAAUGCCAUAAUAUUUCACGGUUACACCAUCUAUGUAUAACAGUGUAUAUACGUACCU